AUGCUCUGCCCUUUCUGCAAUAUUAAUGCAGAAACUGUUUAUCACAUUCUCGUGCAAUGCUCUGUUGCACACUCUUGCUGGAAUCGUUCAAGUGUGCACUUGAAUGCUGUCUCCGAAGUGGUUUUUGAGGACUGGUUUUGGCAUCUUUUUGAAGUAAACUUGACAUCUAAUGUGGAGGAAGCUUUAAUGAUUUGUUGGGCGAUUUGGAAUGCCCGAAAUGAUUUGCUAUGGAACCAAAAAAGUUCGGCUGCUGCUACAAUUGUUCUUUCAGCACGUUCUAACCUUAAUCAAUGGAAAUGCGCUCAACAAAGGCGAAUGGAACCUCUAACUCAUGUUGCUCAUGGAGUAGAGGAUGAGCGUUGGACUAAACCGGAUAUUAACACGAUUAAGGUAAAUGUUGAUGGAGCAAUUUUUCAAGCUUCGAAUUCUCAUGGUUUUGGCUUCAUAGCUAGAGAUUGUGAUGGUAUCAUGAUUGAAGCCCGUACUUCUAUUACUCUCGGAAGUGCCUCCCCUGAAGUGGCUGAAGUUAUUGGUAUCAAAGAAGUUUUGAGUUGGCUCAAGACUAAGACUUGGCCUUCGGUGAUUGUUGAGACGGAUUGCCUUGUUGCUGUUCAAGCAAUACAUAGCUCGGUGUGCCUCCCUUCUUACUUCGGAUUUCUGGUUUCGGAUUGUAAGAAUUUGCUUGAUGAAUUAUCUAAUGUCUCUUUGAUUUUUGUUAAACGCACUGCUAAUAAGGCCGCGCAUUUCCUUGCUCGGAGCUCUUGUUACUCGUCAGUACGUAUCUUUGAUGUAACCAACUCACCUUCUGAGUUGACGAACAUUGUAAUGGCUGAUUCUAUUUAA